AUGAGUAUAUCAAAUCAACAUCGUUUUUUAUCUCGUUCUAUUGCAAUAAAAAUGAUAUUGUUAACAUGUUUAUUUUGGAUGAUUGUAUGUAUUCAUAAUAUAAUUUAUUAUGAUAUACAAAUAUCAUUAAAUGGAACAAAUCAUAUUGGUUCAAAUCCAUCAGGUACAUAUUCAAUAUUAAUAAAUGGUCUUUCAAUGCCAUUAUUAAUGACUAUAUUUGGUUUAUUAACAGUUCGAAAUUUAAAACGUUACCAUAAUCAAAUUCAUAAUAGUCUUAUGAUUAUAUUAGAAGGAAGAAAAAAAUAA